CCAAUGACGACAAUUCCAAGGAUGGCAGUUCCAAGGACAACAAUGAUUCGAAUGACGACAAUUCCAAGGACGGCGAUUCCAAGGAUAACAAUAAUUCAAACGACGACAACAAUUCCAAUGACAACAAUUCCAACGACGGCAAUUCCAAUGACGACAAUUCCGGGGACGGUAACUCCAACGACAACAAUUCCAAUGACGGCAAUUCCAAGAACGGCAAUUCCAAGGACAACAAGUCCGGUGACAACGCGUCUGAGGACCCGCGGCCGCCACCAAAGCCUACUACGAAGCCCUCAGCCAAGGUCAUCGACGUUGUCAGCGUGGAGCCCGAUAAAACAGUCGCCAAGGUUGAAAAGGUCGGUCCUGUUACCAUGGUCUCUGAGAUCCCCGGUGGCGAGACCGUCAUGGUGAUCUCGCAACCGCCCGAGACAAUCGUGACCGAGAUUAGCGCCUAUGCCACAACUAUGGAUAUCACCGUCUGGGGCACCGACGGUCUUCCCACGACGACUCAAGUCGUCUCGAGCUACAGUGGCUGGUUUGCCACAAUUGUCAAAUCAGUUGAACCGACCACGUUUGUCUCCACCAAGUCUGCGGUUCUGACAACUAUCACGUCGACUGGAGACGGGUCAACCACCAUCGCCUCUGUCAAUAAGGGGACGACCAAGAGCUACUCUAAAACUUCGACCAUGAUGGUGACAUAUACUCCCACCGUCACGUCAGCCGAUCCCGAGGAAACAGGGCCGGUCAUCGGAUACAAGACAAAGGUUUACAAAAUCACCGAGGGCGGAUACUUCCUCGGCAAAUUCCUCCCCCCGUUCUUGGCCGUGAUGUUGUCUAUCCCAGCCCGGAUUAUCGACUUCAACGCUCAGCUGUACCAGCCCUUCUACGCCCUGAACCUUCCUAAUGGUGCCCUUGGACCCAACUCCAUGACCCUCCAUUACAGCGGAUGGAUAGGCUUCGUGAAGCCGUUUACAACUCUCGCCCAGGGCCAGCCAGUUACCUUCCUCAGCAUGCUCAUUGUUUGGUGCACCGCCCUGAUGACUCCCCUCGCGACUGAAGCGAUUGGCGUCAAGAUGCAUGGAAAAUGUACAAACUUCAACCCUGUCGGCUGUGCUGCCGCGCUGGGAGUCUCUCCAACCCCCACUCGGGCUCUGAUCGCUCUGAUCGCUUUCACCAUCGUCCUGCUCUGCCUCCUCCUUUUCUUCCUCAGAAACUGGGAGACGGGACUGCACGCGAAUCCCUGGAGCGUGGCCGGUAUUGCUUCGCUUGCGACCAACCGCGAGAUUCGACCGCAGAGGUCGACUGAGAGGAAGAUUGCUAAAGAGAUGGCCGAGAAGCGCUACGGAUUUGGUUAUUUCGAGAACAGCCGUGGGCAGACCGAGUAUGGCCUUGUUCUCUACGACGACGCAGGCGAGACCCUGCAAGGGCAAGACAACAUGGGCACAAUAUCCGAGGUCAGCUCCGUAGACUCUCUCGAUGUCACGAGGAAGAAGCGGAGAGGAAACCCGUUCAUCGCCCUGGGAAUCAUAUGGCGAUUGUGCUUUAUGCUGUUCCUUGCGGGACUGAUGGUACUGACGCUCUACUACGGCAUCACGUUCAAAACGCAAGACAGUUUCCAAGGCUUCAUGACUAGUCAGACCUUCGGCAUCCGGUUUAUGUUUGCUGUCUUGGGUGUCAUCAUCUCGUUCGGCUGGACAGCAUUGUUUAUCAGCGUGGCAAUGAUCGUUCCGUACCAAGUCAUGGCACACAGCCCCCAGAGCGCGUCGAAUUCCAUCCUCCUCACCCGACCGACGAACCCGUUUUCCGGCAUCUGGUCUGCACUCAAGCACGGGCAGCCAUUCCCAGCCGUUGUUGCAUUCAUGACCAUCCUGUCUGAGUUCAUGCCGAUCCUGCUCGCCAACAUCCCCUACACCCUGACGCAAACCGAGAUCACCCACGACAUCUGUCUGCGCAUGUCAGUGGUGAUUUUGGGCCUGAUGGUCUUGACCCUCGGCGGCAGCUUCUUUAUUCGCUACCCGCACAUGCCCGUCGAUCCGCGGUCCAUCGCCGGUGCCAUGUACUACGUUUCCGAGAGCGGCAUGCUGAACCAGUUCAGCGGGAUGGCAAGCUUGAGCAACGAGGAGCGCAAAAAGCGUGUCCAAGAGCUCGGCGGACGGUAUUGGUAUGGUGAUAUAUUGACGAGGGCCGGUGCUACGAGGCCCGCGGUCGAUCGGGAUGAUGGCACACUGACUGACGCUGCGCCGGAGCCGCAGCCGCAGCCGAUGCGUCAAAACAUUGAUACAUCGUACCAUGGAUAUCAGGCCUGAAGGAGUGAGCAAGAAUGACACAUAGAUGCAAUUUCGGUUUAUGGUUUAUACGGCUUUUUAUACCCUGGUUUUGCAUUGUUAGCGGGGAACAUGAUCAUCGGGAUUAGGAUAGAACAUCAUCAAAGUUGGACAAAUAUUAGACAGGAGAGAUCAAUAUUGGACUAAGCCAAUUCCGUCAGAAAUGCACAAU